AUGCGCUACUCUCCUCUCAUCCUCGCUGGCCUUGUCUCCUUCGCUUCCGCCGCCCCGGCUGCCCGAGUUUCCCGUGCCGCUGAUGGCGAGGACGUCCCGCAGUGGACAAUCGAAAGCAUGAAGCGCGAGUGCGAUGCCGCCGAUACUUCCUGUGCCUGGUCCUUCGGCAUUCAGAACAACCGCGUUGCCGGCGCCGCCGCAGUGCCCUGCAAUUUUACCGUCGUCGCCGGAGAGAAACCCGCCAGCCAGACCGAUGUCGCAGGCAUCCAGUGCGACUUCUUCACCGUGUCGGGGGGCUGGAGCGGCCAAUUCGGCCCCGAUGCAGGGUUCACCACGCUGAGCAUCGCCAACUUUGACACCAAGCUUAUUGCCUAUCCUGCCUACACGGACAAGGAGCUGGCUGGCGGCCAGGUCGUGGUGCCUGACCGCUCCUACCAGCCUCAGCCUUUCUAA